UCUAUACAUACAUACAUGUGUAUGGGUGUUUGCGGGUUUUGGGUGCAGAUAGCUUUUUAUGGAAUUUAUAAAAUUCCAAUUAGAGUGUCACGGGCAAAGCAGAAUCAAAAACUAAACAACAAACAGCUGUUCAGCGCAAUGCCAGUGCUGGCAAACGUUAAAAAUUGCCGCGCUGCUGAUCUACGGCUAGAAACAUGUGAAACAACAAGCUAAAUUAUUAAAAUCUAAAUAUGUCCAACUUGAACUUCUAUGAACUGCUCAAUGCGAGCCCAACAGCAACAUUUGAAGAGCUUAAGCGCAAUUAUAAGCAAUUAAUACUACAAUGUCAUCCCGAUAAAUUACAACAACAAGAGCGAGCAGUAACUGUAAACGCGAAUGAGAGCGACCCAAAUCGGGAGAGCGACAGCAAUUUCAAUGCGAUAAACGAGGCCUGGAAUACGCUCAAAGAUCCCACAAAGCGUAAACAAUAUGAUGCCGAAUUAUUGCUGACAAAAUUUGAAACACACAGCAAUAUCUAUGCCAGCAUUACGUUAAGCGACAUGCACAGCACUCGAAUUGAAAUGAUGGCAGAGGAGGAGGGCAGCGAGCAGAGUGCAACCGACGCAGACAAAGAGACGACAACUUUGAGCUGGGCCUAUGCGUACAAUUGUCGCUGCGGCGGACAAUACUUGUUGGACGAUGAGUCACAAAGAGAGCAGCUGAGGGCAUGUGAAAUGAUUGUCGAGUGCAGUGAAUGUUCUCUAGUGAUAAUUGUGAAACCAGACGCAAAUGUAACAUAAAUGGAAUGUUUUUCAAAUAAAUUGUAAAACCGU